GACCAAACCGAUCCAACGUAGCCGAGACAUGGCGGUGGGACAGGGAGAAUUCACCCACCAGAAACGGCCCAGAUCCAGGGGAACAGUCGCUCUGUUGGUUCUUGUCGCUGUUGGUCUCACACCAGGGUCAAGGGGAAUAACUGGACCCAAGGAGGUGAGGGGAGAGUUGGGGCAGUCGGUCACUGUGGAAUGUCGGUAUAUUCAGAAAUACAAAGACAACGACAAGCUAUGGUGUAAAGGUGAAUAUUACCCGACAUCUCCUACCGUGGUUUCUACUGAUGACCCACAACAAGGGAGAACAUCGAUGAGUGAUGACAAAACACAACGGAUAGUUUCAGUAACCAUCGACAAGCUGGAGAAGAGUGAUGAAGGAUACUACUGGUGUGUGAUUGUAAAGGGAAUAUUAUCAAGCAAUGAAAGGACCUCCAUCUUAUUGACGGUUUCUGAAGGGUCUCAAACAAGCCGCCCAGACAUGGUCACCACCACCUCUGCAACAAUAAACACAAGGGCUCGGACAACCCUGCCUCAAGAUGCACCAACCACCGAGGCAGCAAGUUCCACUGAGUCUCAGGGUUCAACACUUCCAAACAGGGACAUUGUGCUGAAUGUUCGCCGUGUUUGGGGUGUGUUACGCUGGGUACUCUUUGGAGUUCUGCUUCUCUUCCCGGUUUCCAUCAGCUGUGUGACAACUUUUAAAAGGAAAAGAACAGCCGAGACCUUGGAGAUGGGGUCGGCAGUGGUGGAGGAAGGAGCGGAACAGCGCCGGUGA